AAGCACGUUGCACUGGCACUUCUAAAUAUCCGGUGGUUCGUGCUGUUGUUGGAAAAUGAAAGUAUUCUGGAAUGUCUCUCGAUAAUACUUUUAAUGGAACUGUUACUUCCUUUGCGUAGAAUGUUCGUGUUCUGUCAAAUAGUAUAGAGGUCUUGACACGCGCGAGGCCCGCAAGAUAGGAUGACAAAUAUGGAAACAUUGCAAUCUGUUUCUAUUUAGCUAGCCACCUAGCCAUGUUUAUCUUUAUAGCAUGCUAACCAACCUCAUGAAAGGUAGACGGACAAAAUACAUUGGACUAAUCUUUGAGACGCCUCAAGUAUGGUAAUGUUAUCUUUUAGCAACCCGACAGUUUAGGGAUUAACAAAGCAAGUUUCACUAUUCCAUUUGAGCACACAUUUUACUAAUUUAUCCAAUGACUACUUCACGACAGGCGGACGCACGACAGUUAGUUUCAGAUAGACAAGAAAUAUCUACGUAUCUGCUGGAAGUGCAAGCAGCAAAGUAUCGGGACAUUUGCAGCCAGUACAAGUACAUGAGAAAAAUCAGGGGUGAUGGCAAUUGCUUUUACAGAGCACUUUGCUUUGGACAUCUGGAAUCAUUGUUACAAAAUGAUAGGUCUUUGCAACGAUUCAAAGAAACAGUGAUACAAAGUGGCAGAGAGUUAUUGACUGCAGGCUUUGAUGAAAGCUCUUUCAAAGACUUGCUCGACAUGUUUGUAGGUGUUGUGGAACAAUGUGAAGCUGAUGGACAAGGGGACACAUUGCUUCAGCUCUUUAAUGAGCAAACUACCUCUGACAGUCUGGUGCAAUACCUCAGGCUGCUCACCUCAGCCUACUUGCAAAACCAUGCAGACUUCUUCAGCCACUUUGUGGAGGCACCCAGUCUCCAAGUGUACUGCACUCAGGAAGUUGAAACCAUGGCGAUGGAAUGUGACCAUGUAGAUAUCCUGGCUCUUUCGGAGGCCUUAGGAGUUAGCAUACACAUUGCUUCUGUGGAGGGGGGAGAUGGACAACGCCUGGCCCAUCACACCAUUCCAGAGGGAGCAGAGCCCUCCCUACACCUUCUCUACAAAACAGCCCAUUAUGACAUUCUCUACCCACAUCAUUGCCAUUGAGGGGCCUGUGAAGCCUCCACCCAUCUCAGGGUUGCCAGUAGUUAAAUGUUCAAACGUAUAUUAAGAUUUUUUUUUUUUAAAAAGGACAUGGUAAAGGUUUUAGCAUUGUUUUGUAAUAUACAGUAUAUACAUAUGCACAUUUGUUCCAAACAUGAAUUAUUCAAACAAGACUGAUAACUUAAAAAUUAUUUUAAUGUGAAAGUUCCAUAAUUGCACUGUAUUUCCAUUUAUAUAAAUUCAGUCUCAGCCAUUGUAAUUAAGACCAGUCAUUUUUAAUAUACUACAGCUUCAGCUUGUUUUUCUUCAGUUUCUGUGGUUUUUUCUGUGUUGUUGUCUGAUUGGAGACACUGGCCAGGGCUGUUUCCAAACCAUAUUGGGGCAUGUUGGAUAGGGAGAGCUUACCCAUCUGUGUGGGAUACUUUGUCUUCAUCACAUUCUUGAAUACAGGCUGAGAAAUCA